CUGGCCCAGGGCUGGCGGCCGGCGGGGGUCGCGGCGGCGGCGGCGGUGGCGGCAGCGGCGCUGGCGGGCCGCGGGCGGCGGGGGCCCGGCUCCGGGUGUUAGGAGACAAGAUGGCGGCUGCGCUCUGGAGGCCGGUCUCCUCUUCUCCGCUCUCCUCCGCCCCGCCGCUCGCCGCCUCCUCCUCGGUCUCCUCCUCCUCGUUCGCUGCCUCCUCCUCCUCCUCUUGCAGCAGCCCUAGCGACCGCCGAAGCGCCGGCCCGCUCUCCCGGAGCUCCGGAGGCGGAUAGACGGGGCAGCUGCGGGCUCUGGUGACCGAGGCAGAGCUGGGGCCGGGGCGGGGACCGCGGCGGCGGCGGCGGCGGCGGAGGCGGCGCCGGGUGGGGAUGGGGUCGCAGACGCUGCAGAUCCUCCGGCAGGGGGUGUGGGCCGCUCUCAGCGGGGGAUGGUACUACGACCCGCACCAGGCCACGUUCGUGAACGCGCUGCACCUCUACCUGUGGCUCUUUCUGCUCGGCCUACCCUUCACCCUCUACAUGGCCCUUCCUUCUUCCAUGAUCAUAGUAGCAGUUUAUUGUCCUGUGAUAGCUGCUGUUUUCAUUGUUCUGAAGAUGGUCAACUAUCGACUCCACAGAGCGCUUGAUGCUGGAGAAAUUGUUGAUAGGAAUGCAAACGAGUUCACAGAUCAGGGAGGAAAAGCUGAGCAAGGCAACUGUUCAACAAGGAGAAAAGACAGCAAUGGCCCGAGUGAUCCUGGUGGGGGGAUCGAAAUGUCCGAGUUCAUUCGAGAGGCCACACCCCCAGUUGGUUGCAGUUCAAGAAAUUCUUAUGCUGGCCUAGAUCCAAGCAACCAGAUUGGGUCUGGUUCCUCUCGUCUUGGAACAGCAGCAACUAUUAAAGGAGAUACAGACACUGCUAAGACUUCUGAUGAUAUCAGCUUAAGCCUGGGCCAGAGCUCUAGUCUUUGUAAGGAAGGAAGUGAAGAACAAGAUUUGGCAGCUGACCAGAAGCUGUUCCGUCUGGUCUCCAAUGAUUCCUUCGUCUCCAUUCAGCCUUCCUUAUCCUCGUGUGGACAGGACUUACCCAGGGACCUCAGUGACAAAGUCAGCCUGCCAAGUCACAGCCACCACCACCAUGUGGAUCAAUCUCUGUCCAGCGCCUGUGACACAGAAGUAGCUUCUCUUGUCCCUUUACAUUCACACUCUUAUCGGAAAGACCACCGGCCGCGAGGUGUACCACGGACUUCUAGCUCUGCUGUGGCUUUUCCAGACAGUUCACUGAAUGACUUCCCUCUGUAUCAGCAAAGACGUGGGUUAGAUCCUGUUAGUGAGUUAGAAUCUUCCAAGCCUCAUUCUGGAUCCAAAGAAUCCUUGGUGGAAAAUUCUUGUUUAUCUGGGGACUUUCAGCUUAUUGGUGAGCUGAAAAACAGUAACUCUCAGCCACCUCCCAGAAGUGGGAAAAGCAAACCCUUGAAAGCAGACAAAAGCAUGGACAGCUUGCGGAGCCUGAGCACACGCAGUAGUGGCUCAACAGAGAGCUACUGCAGUGGGACAGACCGUGACACGCACAGCACUGUCAGCAGCUAUAAAAGUGAACAGACCAGCUCCACUCACAUAGAGAGCAUCUUGUCAGAGCAUGAGGAGUCUCCCAAAGUAGGAAAGAAAAGUGGUCAGAAGAAAGAGUGCUGUGCUGACCCUGAGGACAAGAGUAGCUGUGCCAGUGACAAAAGGACUAGCAGUGAAAAGACUGCCUUGGAAGCGAGUACCAACAGUGGAGCUCAAGAGGCCAAGGAUUCUAAUACCUCUGAUGAGCCGCACAAUCAGAAAGGUCUCAGCACCUCUGCAUCAGAAGAAGCCAAUAAAAAUCCUCACGCCAAUGAAUUUACGCCACAGGGGGACAUACCACUUGGGAAAACUGCUGAAAACAAAGAGGAGGAGAGUGAUAAGUCAGCUGUUUCAGCCGAUUCAAAAGCUGUUAAAGAGGUUGGUGGGAAGCAAAAGGAAGGGGAUGUCCGACCUAAAUCCUCCAGCUUAAUCCACCGGACAGCUUCUGCCCAUAAGUCAGGCAGGAAACGGACAGGAAAAAAACGGGCUAGUAGUUUUGAUUCAAGUCGGCAUAGGGACUAUGUGUCCUUUCGAGGUGUUUCUGGUACCAAGCCACACAGUGCUAUAUUCUGUCAUGACGAGGACUCCAGUGACCAAAGCGACUUGAGCAGAACAUCGAGUGUUCAGUCUGCUCACCAGUUCAGCAGUGAUAGCUCUUCCAGCACCACUUCUCAUUCGUGUCAGUCUCCUGAGGGCAGAUACAGCGCCCUAAAGACCAAACACGCCCCUAAAGAAAGGGGCACCGACUCUGAGCACGCACACAAAGCCCAUCUGGGUCCGGAAGGAACUGGCAAAAAGCGGACAGCACGGCGGACUUCCAGCCCAAAUAGUGCCAAGACUCGGGCCCGAGUGUUGAGCCUGGACAGUGGCACGGUAGCCUGUUUGAAUGACUCCAGUAGGCUAAUGGCACCUGAAAGUAUAAAACCCUUAACCACUUCAAAAUCCGAUCUCGAGGCCAAAGAGGGAGAGGUGCUAGAUGAGCUAUCUCUUUUGGGACGGGCUUCCCAGUUAGAGACAGUCACCCGAUCUAGGAAUAGCUUGCCAAGCCAGGUUGCGUUUCCUGAAGGUGAAGAGCAAGACACAGUCAGUGGAGCAGCACAGCCCAGCGAGGAGGCGGUGUCGUUUCGCCGUGAACGCAGCACUUUUAGGCGCCAGGCAGUACGGCGCCGGCACAAUGCAGGGAGUAACCCUACCCCUCCUACAUUGCUCAUCGGACCACCCCUAAGCCUUCAAGAUGGUCAGCAAGGCCAGCAGACCACAGCCCAGGUCAAAGUCCAGUCCCGUCCCCCUUCCCAGGCUGCAGUGCUCAGUGCUAGUGCCUCCUUGCUGGUGAGAAAUGGGAGUGUCCAGUUAGAAGCAUCACAUGACAAUGCAGCUGCUGUAGGCGGCAGCAGUUUGCACGAUGAACUUGGUAAGUUCUCUUCUACACUUUAUGAGACUGGUGGCUGUGAUAUGUCACUUGUGAAUUUUGAACCAGCAGCAAGAAGAGCGUCCAAUAUCUGUGACACGGAUUCUCAUGUAUCCAGUUCUACCUCAGUUCGAUUUUAUCCACAUGAUGUGCUCUCUCUUCCACAGAUUCGAUUGAAUAGACUAUUGACCAUCGAUACAGAUUUGUUGGAGCAACAAGACAUUGACCUAAGCCCUGACUUGGCAGCUACUUAUGGUCCAACAGAAGAAGCUGCCCAAAAAGUUAAACAUUAUUAUCGCUUUUGGAUCCUGCCCCAGCUGUGGAUCGGCAUUAACUUUGACAGACUCACACUUUUGGCCCUGUUUGAUAGAAAUCGUGAGAUCCUGGAAAAUGUGUUAGCUGUCAUCUUGGCUAUUCUUGUGGCUUUUUUGGGAUCUAUUCUUCUCAUACAAGGCUUCUUCAGAGAUAUCUGGGUCUUCCAGUUCUGCCUGGUGAUAGCCAGCUGUCAGUACUCAUUACUUAAGAGUGUUCAGCCAGAUUCUUCUUCUCCCAGACAUGGUCAUAAUCGUAUCAUUGCCUACAGUAGACCAGUUUAUUUCUGUUUGUGUUGUGGUCUUAUUUGGCUCUUGGAUUAUGGUAGCAGAAACCUCACCACCACCAAGUUCAAAUUAUAUGGAAUAACUUUCACUAAUCCACUGGUGCUUAUAUCAGCCAGGGAUUUAGUUAUAGUGUUUACACUCUGUUUCCCAAUAGUGUUUUUCGUUGGUCUCCUGCCUCAGGUGAAUACAUUUGUAAUGUACCUUUGUGAACAAUUGGAUAUUCAUAUCUUUGGUGGUAAUGCCACUACAAGCUUGCUUGCAGCACUUUACAGUUUCAUCUGUAGCAUUGUGGCUGUAGCCUUACUGUAUGGAUUGUGUUAUGGUGCCUUGAAGGAUUCUUGGGAUGGCCAGCAUAUUCCAGUGCUUUUCUCCAUUUUUUGUGGUUUAUUAGUGGCGGUAUCCUAUCAUCUCAGCCGACAAAGCAGUGAUCCAUCUGUGCUUUUCUCUUUAGUGCAAUCCAAGAUUUUUCCAAAAACAGAAGAGAAAAAUCCAGAAGAUCCUCUGUCUGAAGUAAAAGAUCCACUGCCUGAAAAACUUAGAAAUUCUGUUAGUGAGCGUUUACAGUCCGACCUCGUAGUAUGCAUUGUAAUUGGUGUGCUGUAUUUUGCUAUUCAUGUAAGCACGGUGUUCACAGUAUUGCAGCCUGCGCUCAAGUAUGUAUUGUAUGCACUGGUGGGCUUUGUAGGGUUUGUAACCCAUUACGUGCUGCCUCAAGUUAGGAAACAGCUACCAUGGCACUGCUUCUCUCACCCUCUGCUGAAGACAGUGGAGUAUAAUCAGUAUGAAGUUCGAAAUGCAGCCACUAUGAUGUGGUUUGAGAAACUUCAUGUGUGGCUCCUUUUUGUGGAGAAGAAUAUCAUCUAUCCAUUGAUUGUUCUCAAUGAACUUAGUAACAGUGCAGAGACAAUUGCUAGUCCAAAAAAACUGGAUGCAGAAUUAGGCGCAUUAAUGAUCACCAUUGCUGGUUUGAAGUUGCUGCGGUCCUCUUUUAGCAGCCCUACAUAUCAGUAUGUUACAGUCAUCUUUACUGUGCUCUUUUUCAAAAUUGACUACGAAGCUUUUUCAGAGACCAUGCUCUUGGAUCUCUUCUUCAUGUCCAUACUCUUCAACAAGCUCUGGGAACUCCUUUAUAAAUUGCAGUUUGUGUACACUUAUAUUGCCCCAUGGCAAAUUACAUGGGGUUCUGCUUUCCAUGCUUUUGCUCAGCCCUUUGCAGUGCCCCAUUCAGCCAUGUUGUUUGUUCAGGCUGCCGUAUCAGCCUUCUUUUCUACUCCAUUGAACCCCUUUCUGGGAAGUGCAAUAUUCAUCACUUCAUAUGUUCGACCUGUGAAAUUCUGGGAGAGAGACUAUAACACAAAACGAGUGGAUCAUUCAAAUACCAGAUUGGCUUCCCAGCUUGAUAGAAAUCCAGGAUCUGAUGACAACAAUCUGAAUUCCAUCUUUUAUGAACAUUUAACCAGAUCCCUACAACACAGUCUCUGUGGUGACUUGCUCUUAGGACGGUGGGGAAACUACAGCACGGGGGACUGUUUCAUUCUUGCCUCUGACUACCUCAAUGCAUUAGUACACCUUAUCGAGAUAGGCAAUGGGCUCGUUACUUUCCAGCUGCGGGGACUUGAAUUCAGAGGUACUUACUGUCAGCAACGGGAAGUGGAGGCCAUUACUGAAGGUGUUGAGGAAGAUGAAGGAUUUUGCUGUUGUGAACCUGGCCAUAUUCCUCAUAUGCUUUCCUUUAAUGCUGCAUUUAGCCAGCGCUGGCUAGCUUGGGAAGUGAUAGUCACCAAGUAUAUCCUGGAAGGUUAUAGCAUCACCGACAACAGUGCUGCUUCUAUGCUUCAAGUCUUUGAUCUUCGGAAAGUGCUCACAACCUACUAUGUCAAGGGUAUCAUUUAUUAUGUUACAACAUCUUCUAAGCUAGAGGAGUGGCUGGCUAACGAGACGAUGCAGGAAGGACUACGUCUGUGUGCGGAUCGAAAUUAUGUGGAUGUGGACCCAACAUUUAAUCCAAACAUCGAUGAAGACUAUGACCAUCGAUUAGCAGGCAUAUCCAGGGAGAGUUUCUGUGUGAUUUACCUCAACUGGAUAGAAUAUUGCUCUUCCCGAAGAGCAAAGCCACUGGAUGUGGACAAAGAUUCAUCUCUAGUGACCCUUUGUUAUGGACUCUGUGUUCUGGGACGGAGAGCUUUGGGGACUGCAUCCCACCACAUGUCCAGUAAUUUAGAGUCAUUCCUCUAUGGAUUACAUGCCCUGUUUAAGGGAGAUUUCCGUAUUUCUUCAAUUCGAGAUGAAUGGAUCUUUGCUGACAUGGAAUUGCUAAGAAAAGUAGUAGUCCCUGGAAUCCGUAUGUCCAUUAAACUUCACCAGGACCAUUUCACUUCUCCGGAUGAGUAUGAUGACCCUACUGUGCUCUAUGAAGCCAUCGUGUCUCAUGAGAAAAACCUUGUCAUAGCGCACGAGGGGGACCCUGCAUGGCGGAGUGCGGUCCUGGCCAACUCUCCCUCCCUGCUGGCGCUGCGGCACGUCAUGGACGAUGGUACCAACGAGUACAAGAUCAUCAUGCUCAACAGGCGCCACCUUAGCUUCAGGGUCAUCAAAGUGAAUAAGGAGUGUGUCCGAGGCCUUUGGGCAGGGCAACAGCAGGAGCUUGUUUUUCUACGUAAUCGUAACCCAGAGAGAGGUAGCAUCCAAAAUGCCAAGCAAGCACUGAGAAACAUGAUCAACUCAUCUUGUGAUCAGCCUAUUGGCUACCCAAUCUUUGUUUCACCCCUGACAACUUCUUACUCUGACAGCCAUGAACAGCUUAAAGAAAUUCUUGGGGGACCUAUCAGUUUGGGAAAUAUCCGAAACUUUAUAGUGUCAACCUGGCACAGGUUAAGAAAAGGUUGUGGAGCUGGAUGUAACAGUGGUGGCAAUAUUGAAGACUCUGACACUGGAGGUGGAACUUCCUGCACUAGUAACAAUGCAACAACUGCCAAUGACGCCCACAGCAAUGUGUCCCAAGGGGGCACUGGAAACCCAGGCCAGGGAUCCUCGGGAGCAGGACUCCAUCCUCCUGUCACCUCCUUCCCUCCAACACUAGGCACUAGCCACAGCUCUCACUCUGUGCAGUCCGGCCUGGUCAGACAGUCCCCUGCCCGGGCCUCCGUGGCUAGCCAGUCUUCAUACUGCUAUAGCAGCCGGCACUCAUCUCUCCGGAUGUCCACCACGGGAUUUGUGCCUUGUCGGCGCUCUUCCACUAGCCAGAUAUCACUUCGAAACUUACCGUCAUCCAUCCAGUCCCGCCUGUCCAUGGUGAACCAGAUGGAACCCUCCAGUCAGAGUGGCAUGGCCUGUGUGCAGCACGGCCUGCCUUCCUCUAGCAGCUCCAGCCAAAGCAUCCCAGCCUGCAAACACCACACCCUCGUGGGCUUUCUGGGGACAGAUGGAGGUCAGAGCAGCAUCUCUGACACACAGCCCGGCAACACCUUAAGUCCUGCCAAUAAUUCACAUGCCAAAAAGGGGGAGGUGAUUUACAGAGUCCAAAUUGUGGAUCCCAGUCAAAUUCUGGAUGGGAUCAACCUGUCAAAAAGGAAAGAGCUGCAGUGGCCUGAUGAGGGUAUUCGGUUAAAAGCUGGGAGAAACAGCUGGAAAGACUGGAGUCCUCAGGAGGGCAUGGAAGGCCAUGUGAUUCACCGAUGGGUGCCUUGCAGCAGAGAUCCAGGUACUAGAUCCCACAUCGACAAGACAGUCCUUCUGGUCCAGAUUGAAGAUAAAUACGUGACAGUAAUUGAAACUGGGGUACUAGAACUUGGGGCUGAAGUGUGAGCCAGUGUUUUAUAACUUCAUUUCUUUUCCCUCAAAACUCCAAGACUUUGGGGAAAAAAGGGGAGAGCAGAAGAUGCCUGCAGGUACCACUUUGAUCCUGUAGGAGAGACUUGAACAUAAAGUGGGCUUGGUUUGGUUAAGCACCACUCCUUCGCCCCUCACCCUGACUCCUGUCCUGUCUCCAUCCCCAAAUAAAGCUGAAAUAUUUUUUUAAGUUAGCUGCUGAGAAAACAUUUUGCAUGAAGGAUAAAUUUCUGUUAAAAUACAUCCUUAAAAAAAUUUUUUCCUAUGCAUUGCCUAUGCUUUAAAUCAACAAACUCUUGAUUUCUAAACUAUGAUCUCAUAUUUUUCUAAUUUCUUUGCCAAAAAUAAUUGCCACGUUUUGUCAUAGAACACAAAAUCCAUUUACUUUGAUUUUUAAAAACAGACCAGUGUAGAAGCUCUCAGUUUGACGUACAGCAGUGUAAAAGUUUAAUGUACAGUGAAAGAGACUCUGAACAGACAUAGAUUUAUCUUAUUCCUUGAGCGCUAAAAACUUUAAUGAAAAAAACUGCACUAAUUUUUUACAAUGCACUAAAAUCUGAGAUUUCUCAGAACGUUUAUUUAUAUAUAAAAAUAAAAUACCAUUAUUUAAAUUGCCUUUGGGAUUAACCCCUUCCCUUUCCUUAUGUAGCAGGAACUGUGCUGCUCAGUUUUUCUUUAGUAGUCCGUACUUCAUGCCAGUACAUUGGAUGUUUCCUUUAAAAUGCAUACUUAAUCUCAAGAUACACAUAGCUUCAUCAGUGGCAUUUCCCGGAGCCAGUAGUCCGUGACUUGGUCCUGUGAACACUCCUGCCGGCCCCUGUGUCCACAUUUCAGAUGGGCUCCAGCGCUAUAUGUGCCCCGGCUCCUCUGCUGCUCCCCCUUGGGGCAGGCAAGCUCUGCUGGAGUCAGUUCUGGGAAGAAAAUACUUUUGCUUUUCAAAGAAGAUGAACGUCCAGGAAUUUAAAGAAAGGAUUGAUUGCCUUUUAUGUUAAGAGUUCUUAGCUCUUGAAGUUAUUCACAUGCAAUUCAGUUAAUCAAGUAAAAUGUUUUCAAACAAAAUUAUCCAAACGGUGCAGUUCUUAUUGUUACAUCCCUCUUUAAUAACUUUGCCUUUUACUUUCCUCCUCUCUUCUUGUUCUAUUACUUGAAUUUUAUUUCCUGUGAUUUAUAGUGUAUAGCUGUAAUUUGAAAUAUUUAUAACUGUGAUGAAAUUGACUUAAUUCAUAUGUUGUCUCAUAGCUUAAAUUUUAUUCAUUUUUUAAAAAUGUAUGUAUUCAGGGAAAUAUAUAACUCAGAUUUACAAUUGGACUAGGUGGGAACCGCAGUUAAGGUUUAAUUUUCAAUGUACGACGUUUUUUAAAUCUUUCAGAAAACUUUUUUUGUGUAGCGUUCCAAAGGAGACUGCACAUCUGAGCAUUUAGGAGCAGCCAUCUUUCUGGCCCCUGUGAGGGGAACCUCCAAAGAAACAGGUGGAACUAAUUUCGGCCAUACAGUUUGUUGACUCCAUCCUGUCUAAAGUGUUCCUGUCCAGCAUGUGGUCCUCACUGUAUUUCAGGCAUUCGCUAGCCACGUGCUUCGUGGCUACUGUAUUGGGCAGCACAGGUUUGAAGUAUUUUUUGAUGAGGCGACAGGAGAGAGAAACUGUUUUUUCUGCUCAUUCUGAUGUAGAUCUUACAGUAUUACAUAAUACUUCAGUAGAAGGAAUGAACACUAGGGAAGUGAAUAGCUAACAUAUAGCAUCUUACUGCAUUUUUAUUCCAAAACCUGUUUACUUUUCCUAAUUUAAAAUGUUUGUGCUUAUUCAGGACCCAAGGUGCCUCGUGCUGACAUUUCCAGACUUAGCACUUUGCAAGAUUUACUGCUGAAAAAACAGUUGUCAAAUGAUUUACUAAACCUUCACACAAAGGGUAGCCUUUCUAAAUUGACCAGUUAAAAUGUAUUUUUCUGAUACUGUCAUUGUAUUCUGAAUUUGCCUCAUUUUGGCAAAUCUACAAUAUGCCAUUAAGGUUUCGGUUAUUUUUUUUUUUUCUUCUGAAACUGGAUGUUUGAUCUGUCUAUUUAUAUUAUUUAAAAUCUUCUGGAGGGAAUUAUGCUCCCUGCUGCUUGUUCCCUUUCUGAGACAAAUAUGAUCUCUUUGUGGUCACUGCCUCAAAGAGAAGAUAAGUGGAGCCUUUUCAGUCUUAAAUGGAAGAUAAUUCAUUUUCCUAUACAGGGAAAAAAGAAAAAAUCUGAACUUCAGGUGAUUCAAUCAGAGGGCUAGAAUUAUUUUUAUUCCUAGUCCCCUGCUGUCAAUUAUUAAAUACAUCACACACACUAUAAAAAGUCAGAUUUCAGAUGGAAGACUAGAUUUUAUACAGAACAUAUGUAUUUGGGUCUUGAUUUAGGGUAUCAGCUAAUGAAAACUUUUCUCAAAACAAGUUGAACUUUGUUAUCACAUAGGCUUUUAGUGAAUUUAUGAAUUAGGAGCCCUAAAGGGAGCCUUUUUUUUUUUAAAUUAGUCUUUUUAAAUCGUAAUACUUUUCUAAUAAUUACAUCAGGAGAAGUAUUGUUAAUUGAAGUAUUCCUGUCUUAAGGAUAAUUUGACCUCCAUUAUUAUAUGAAAAUAUACACACUUUCGUAGGUGAAAUUGAUCAUAUAUGUCUUAUUCAACCUUGUCCCCCCACCCCACACCCCCUUGGAGAGUGGUGAACUACUUGUUUAGAUUCCCUGCUUAACCUUUUUCAUUAGUAUGCAAGACCCCAGUAUACAUAUAUUAGCGUCUUUAGUUCACAGUUGCCAAAACUUUGUGUUCCAUCAUUUGAAAGUAAAAAUAGGUUAAUUAAAACACUAACUUCUUAAAAUUUUGCUUUAAAUAGUUUUAUUGGUAUAGUUCUCACUUUUUUCUUGUUUGAUUUUGUUUUGUUUUUUUUUCCCUCUUUACAGAGAGUUUUGGAAUAAGUUAUAAAUUACCUUUUUGAUUUCUUCUUAUUCAGUAGUAAAAAUCAUUUUCUAACACGUUCACUUUUUCCUAAAGAACUGUAAUUUUUCCAAGAGUCUAGAUUAAUAUGUUGAUUCUUAAGGGACUUGGGAGAGUAGGCAGUGAGGCUCUAUAUUUUUUAAAAGAAGAGAUUAAUAAACUCUCAGGAAAUUAGUGAACAAAUUGCAUCAGUAUCCUGCCUUUUUUUGAGUUUUCCAUUACUAGAAGAUUAACCUCUACUAGGUUUGAAGUAUUUUUUUUAAUAUUUCAAGUAUUUUUUUUUAAUAUUUCAGGUAUAUCUGAGAUACUUCAAAUCCUUGAAACAGAAUUAGUCAGACAAGAUUUCUCUCCUGAGUGAAAAAUGGAAAAUUACUCUCUGUACCAAAUGUCAGGCAACAAAAAUACAAGUUUUUCUGUGGUAAACUACAGCUCAUUAAAAAGGUCUAUUUUUCUUCCUGGGUUGGUUUAUUUUCCCAUCUCAUAUCAAAGUAUAAAAAACAGCCUCAGAUCUAAGCAAGGGUAGCUUAGCCUUAAUAAAUCCCACCUUGCUUCUGAGCAGCAUCCUUUUGCUUCUCAUUAGAAAUUCUCCACUUGGUACAUUUUGCUGCACUGAGUCAUGUUCCUCCAGAACUGGGUCUUUUAAACUUAUGAUUUGCCCAGAGGCUAAAAUCAUCUUUUUCGUUUAAUUAACUUUCACAAUCUUUCCUCCUAAAUAUGUGACUUGAGAAACAUAAUUGUAAUUUUGCAUGAGAAUUCUUUAGUUUAUGUUUACUAGCUGCAAAAGUGUACAUUGCUGCCCACAUUGUUAAUUACCUUUGGGUUUAUUUUCAUUACUUUCUCAUGUAUAUGGACAAAGUUUUUUUUUUUUAAUUUUUAAAGUCCUCCAUAUUAAUUCUUAUAAUAUAUAUAAUCACAUAAAAUGACUGCUUGGAUACAAACCCAGUUGGUUUUUCUUUGACACAAUACCUUGUUGAGGUGAUGUAUAAAACAUCUGUUUUUAUUCUGGAGGCUUUUCCUUUCAUUCCAAGAUGAGUGAAGAGAACAAUGUCAGUCAAAGCUAAGAUGACACUUGGAACCUGUUAACGAAUAUUGAACUUUCUUUUUCAGUCUAAUGUGGAAAUUGAGGUUUAUUAAUCUGGAGAAAGAAGAAAAUUAGAUAUUACUAUGUAUUUGUGCAGCAUACAUUUUAAUAUCAUGUUGGAUAUACAUAGUUUUUUAUUUAAGUACUGAAAAAUCAGCCUUUCUUUUCUUCAUUUCUCUUUAAAAAAAAAAUCUGGUUGAUAUACACUUACGCCUUUUAGGAGAGAACUGAGACUGGAAAGAAAUUAAUUAGUAUACAAAUAGGUAUGGUAGUAAUGUGAGUGGAGUAUUUUUUUUUUUUUUUUUUUGCUUGAAACAGAGGUAUGUUUUCUGCUUUGAAUCACCUCAGCAGAGUCAUCUCGUCAAGAAUUAGGUAUAAUAGGAAUUUAUCUUUAUUGCCACAUAUUCUUUCUGAAGUAGAGAAAGUAAGUUCUAUUUGUGAGCUGAACUUCCUUAUCUGCCAUUUUAUAGAAGCAACAUAGCAUUCUUCAGGGGAACCAGGGCUGAGUGCCAUCACAAGGUUAUGACAGCUCUGAGACACACCUGUUACAGAGGGUUUUACCGUUUUUCUUGUGCCUCAGCUCUGUACCUGACAGUUUAUGAUUCAGCGCAGCCAAGCUAGAAGGAACGAAGGUCAUCUAAGACUGUGAUUUGGACGAAUCCCUGCCUGUUAUUUGCACAGAUGGGUGGUGGUACCCUGGACUUCAAAAGGGAGUGGCGGUAGAGAGUGAGAUGGCUGCUCCAGAUGGCUCUUGGAUUUAGUGUAAUUGUGGUUAAACAGGAUUUUUUUUAUACACGAAGCUUGAUUCUACAACCAAAAUAAUAGAAAUGCGGGGGAAAUCAUGUCUGCUUAUGCUUUUUUAAAGCUUAUUAUAGUUUAAAUAAAAUGUAAAGAAUGAUAAUCUUAACCCUGUACAAGUCUGGCAAUGAGCUCUGCAUGAGAAAAUGGAAGAAAGAAUACUGAGAUAAUUCUAGGAAGGUAGGUGGGAGGAAGGAAAUGGGUUUCACUCUUCUGACCAUGGGCUCUGAAAGUAUUCAUUGCCUCUACCAGCAUUCAGUAUAAACCAGAGAUAAGAAUAUAUGUACUCACGUGUGUCUGUGAGUGUGUGUGUGCGCGCGCGUCUGAGUGUUUGUUAUUCUAAACAGCCUGUAAAUAUUGUAGUUGUUUAAAGUGGAGAAUAAAAGCUGAGAUUGUUUUUUCUUUGCAAAUAUAUUGCAUCAAAUAUACAGUAUUGACAGUGGAUAAAACACUGAGGAAAUAAAAUUUUUUUCAUUUUA